CCGGCUCGGCGUGCGUGCGGCCUCGCGGGGCCCUCCGCUGGCGUUGGCGCCCGGGCAGGCUGCGGAGCGAGGGCGGCCCCAGGCCUGGGUCGCGGAGCCGCGUUCCCACCCACGCGAGUUGGCAAGCGGCGUUGGACGCGAUGGAAGGGGAGAGGCGGCCGGCGCCGCACGGGGGCCUGUUUGCCGACGGGCACCUGGUCCUGUGGACGCUGUGCUCGGUGCUGCUGCCGGUGUUCAUCACCUUCUGGUGCAGCCUCCAGCGGUCGCGUCGCCAGCUGCACCGCAGGGACAUCUUUCGCAAGAGCCAGCACGGCUGGCGCGACACGGACCUGUUCAGCCAGCCCACCUACUGCUGCGUGUGCGCGCAGCACAUUCUGCUGGGCGCUUUCUGCGACUGCUGCGGGCUGCGCGUGGACGAGGCCUGCCUCAAGAAGGCCGACAAGCGCUUCCCGUGCAAGGAGAUCAUGCUCAAGGGGGACGCCCGGGCCCUGGACGCCAUGCCCCACCACUGGAUCCGAGGCAACGUGCCCCUGUGCAGCUACUGCGUGGUCUGCAGGCAGCAGUGCGGCAGCCAGCCCAAGCUCUGCGAUUACAGGUGCAUUUGGUGUCAGAAAACAGUACAUGACGAGUGCAUGAAAAAUAGCUUGAAGAAUGAAAAAUGUGAUUUUGGAGAAUUCAGAAACCUCAUCAUCCCCCCAAGUUAUUUGACUUCUAUCAAUCAGAUGCGUAAAGACAAAAAAACGGAUUAUGCAGUGCUAGCCUCUAAGCUUGGAAAGCAGUGGACCCCAUUAAUAAUCCUGGCCAACUCUCGUAGUGGAACUAACAUGGGAGAAGGGCUGCUGGGAGAAUUUAGGAUCCUCCUAAACCCAGUCCAGGUUUUCGAUGUGACUAAAACUCCCCCAAUCAAAGCCCUGCAGCUCUGUACUCUUCUCCCCUAUCACUCAGCCCGAGUGCUUGUUUGCGGCGGGGACGGCACAGUGGGCUGGGUCCUGGACGCAGUGGAUGAGAUGAAGAUGAAGGGACAAGAAAAGUACAUUCCACAGGUGGCGGUCCUGCCCUUGGGAACAGGCAACGAUCUGUCCAACACCCUGGGCUGGGGCACGGGGUACGCAGGGGAGAUCCCAGUCGCACAGGUCUUAAGAAACGUGAUGGAAGCAGAUGGAAUUAAACUAGACAGAUGGAAAGUUCAAGUAACAAAUAAAGGGUACUACAACUUAAGAAAACCCAAGGAAUUCACAAUGAACAACUAUUUUUCUGUUGGACCUGAUGCUCUCAUGGCUCUCAAUUUUCAUGCUCAUCGUGAGAAGGCACCAUCUCUGUUUUCUAGCAGAAUUCUUAAUAAGGCUGUUUACUUAUUCUAUGGAACCAAAGACUGUUUAGUGCAAGAAUGUAAAGAUUUGAAUAAAAAAAUUGAGCUAGAACUGGAUGGCGAGCGAGUAGAACUGCCUAACCUGGAAGGUAUUAUAGUUCUGAACAUCGGAUACUGGGGCGGUGGCUGCAGACUGUGGGAAGGGAUGGGAGACGAGACUUACCCUCUAGCCAGGCAUGACGACGGUUUGCUGGAGGUCGUUGGAGUGUACGGGUCUUUCCACUGCGCUCAGAUUCAAGUGAAACUGGCAAACCCUUUCCGAAUAGGACAAGCGCACACGGUGCGGUUGAUUUUGAAGUGCUCGAUGAUGCCCAUGCAGGUAGAUGGGGAGCCAUGGGCCCAGGGGCCCUGCACCGUCACCAUAACUCACAAGACACACGCACUGAUGUUGUAUUUCUCGGGAGAACAGACAGAUGAUGACAUCUCCAGUACUUCAGAUCAAGAGGACAUAAAGGAAACUGAGUAGGCGGAUGAGGAAAUGAAAGAGUAAAAUCCUCACCAACAAGUAGAUACGUAGUCAUCAGGAAGUUAGAAAUUCUCUACCAACUGUUUAGUCUUAAUUUCACCAGUAGCAUAAUGGAGAUACAUUUAUGUAAAUAGCAUUUCCCAGACAGCCAAAUUUCCAUUUGUUUACAGAUGCCUGUUCCUUUUUCAGCAGAACAUCCCAUUCAUAAUGCACUAACUUUAAAAAGUCACAGAAUGUUAAUUACUUGAAGGUGAAGUGUUUCUCAUGGCUUUAUGUUGGAGAAUGGGCCUUGCUCUGAGGCAUGCACCCUCAUUCCUUAUUCUUGAGCACACAUUUGAUGGACAUGUUACCCAUCCAGCAAGAUGUAGGUGGAAAAAUCAUUGCCAUCUUCUUAAUGUGUGACACCAUAACAUUUUUAAAUAAUUAACCUACUUUUUUGAAAGGAUAUGCUUAGUGUCAAACCAGCAUGGUUAAUGCAGGGCCUCCUCCUGCAGCUUGCCCCUGAACACUUCCUGCCUCCCAGCACUGAGUGGAUCUGCAAGGAUCUAUUUCCAGGAAACCUAAAAGGACAAGUGUUAAAGACAAUACUUAAAUUUUUUGUUAUAAUUUUUAUCUUGAGAGCAUUUUCAGACCCCCAAAUGUUGUUCGGUUAAUCUUACUAAUGAACACGUUGAACUGAAAUUCAGCAUCUCAUUUAUGACCACGUGUAGCCAGCAGACAGUCACAUAGGUGAAAUGGUAAAGAUGAACAUUCAGAGCACUUUGGAUUGAAAGGUAGGGUUUCUGAGUUGGACUGUUGACCAGUUUCUCCUGAGUAAAAGACAGUAUCAACAGUUCAAAAAAAAUACUGCAGAAAAUUUGUCAUAGUAAUUGUUCAAAAAAAAGUUCAGUCAUGAUUACUAACUUCUAAAAGUCCAGUGGUCUUGUAGUAUUUUGAAGUACAGUAGUUUUUGAUAUCCAAAGUAUUUAACAGAAAUUUCCCUUGGGGAAGUGGACAGAUUCCUUUGCUAAAAUGUUUAUAUUUAUUUAUUUUAAAAUGAGAGAGACAUUUAUUUAUUUAUUUAUUUAUUUUCUUCGUUGUGGUAUACUUGUGGUUACUGUUUACAAUACAUGGCUUUAUUUAAUAUGUUAAAUUUAUCACAUAGUCACAAUUAGAAAUGUAGCCUAUUGACUAAGUAAUUAAAACCCAUAAUUUAAUUCUCCUGACAUAUAUAUAUUACCCAGAUAAUCUCAUUUCCAAAAAUAUUACUCAAUAUUUUUUAAAAAGAGGGGAAUGAAAGCACUGGCAAACAACUUUUGCAUAACUGAAAGUUUUGUUUCAUUGUUUUUAUUUGACCCUCAUUUGCCAAAAACUUAUGGAAGGGCUAGUCUCAUGGUUCACCGUUAGAGGGCGCUCUUCUGGUGUGAACCAGCCUGGUGUUUUUCUAACAAAUGGCCCAUUUUGUGGGCUUGGUGGUCUUUCAUGACAUUCAUCUCUGAAAGACUAGACUGUAACUCCCAAAACAACAUUAACCUUCUUUAGGGAUCCAUUUUGGAUCUGUCAUCCGUGAAUUGCCAUAAACUUAAAUUUCAUUGAUCCUCAGGCUGGGGCCAUGUUUUGAAGGAAAAAAGUAAUGAGUAGUCAGUGCAUUAUAUAUAUAUAUAAAAUACUUUUAUUCGGCUUAAGUUAACCUCUCUUCCAGAUCUCAACAGGAGAUGUUAAAUUCUAGUAUUGAAAGAUUUUGUAAGUAAAUCUGUUUUCACCUUUUUCAUACGCCUUUGUCGAGGUUGGUGGGAGAGUUUUAUAGAUUUUCUUUUAUGGACUGAUCAUGUUUUGAGUAUAGUGAAUUUUAUUCCUUAACUCAUGGUCAACAUUGUUACAGAUACCACAUUUUAUAAAUACAAUGUUAAAUUCACUUUGCUUUAGGCUGUAAUUUAUCUAUAAUAUAAUUCCAUAAUGCUAAUUAUAGAAUCAAAGUAGUUUGGGAUAUCAGAAUUAAAAUAACCAAAAUAACUAGUUUGUUUUUAACCGUUAAAACUAUACUCUAACCCUGAUGUUACAUUGGACUUAAAAACAGGUUUAUGUAUAACACCCUUGUGUAUUUAAACAAAUUUUUUCAAUUUUCAUAAUCCAGUAAGGUUUUUUUCCCCUACUGACCAUUCAUGAAGUUUUUCUGUUGCUUUAUUCAGUCAUUCAGACUUCAUUUUCAUUUAGGAAAGUUAUUUCUGAAUAUCAUUAUCAUAAAGUACCAUUUUAGCAAAGCCCAUUUACUUUUUAGGUACAUUUACCCAGCAUUUCAAAUAAAUGGAUAGGCACAUGUCUUGUUUUAAAUAAGGGCAGUUUACAAGGCUCAUGUUUGCAAGUUAUAUAUUAGAGUAGCAGAUGUCAACAUUACCAGGGAUUCUGUACUUUCCAAAAAUAACUUGCCAUGAUAUUUUCCUGUUCAUUUUAAAGUGUCUUGACUUAAACAUAAUAGCAAAGUCUACAUUCUCAGGAAGAAAUACAUGAAGUAAAGCAUAUCUCCUUGUCUGUUUUUAGAUUUCUCUCCUUCACCGUCUUAGUACAUUCCCAAUUCCUUAAACUUAGUGGCUUAAACACUGAAUACCUGGCAGCUCCUAGGGAUCCCUCCAGUAGAUGGUGAUAAUUUUCAGUGCUUUGUUAUGUUUAGCAGAAAUCAAACUGACUUGUGUUUUAAAAUACAGGUUGUCUAAUAGGGAGAUUACGUGAUCUUAAAUGAGUUUUAGGUUUUCUGUAACAAUUAGCUGUGAACUCUUAAUGUAGCUAAUGUUUAUAAAAAUUUUAUAGUCAAAAUUAUUUAUUUUUAUUUUUGUAGGGUGUGUCAAAACAUGUAGUAUUUGCUUUUUGAAAUAUGUUUGCCUAGAAUUGUAAAAUAUUCUGUGACUCAGAAAUUGUAAAGUCCUUUUGGCAUUGUAAAAAUUAAUACUACCAGCAUGUCAAAAGAAAAAUGGUUUGCAUUUGUAAUAUAAAGUAAAAUUGUAUUUACUGUA